ACCGGGACUGAGACGGGACAGAACGGAACGACCCUGCCGGCUCACGGGCUCAUUUGAAAGUGUUUAUUUAUGUAUAUAUAUAUAUAUUAUUUUUUUUUUUUAAUGUGAGUUUUUUGACCGGAAGUUGAGACAUCCAACGAGCCGCAAGCUCAUUAGCAAGAUUGGCUGCAGGUGCGAUUCGAAUGCAUGUCUGUAUUUCUUCACACUAAUUCAGUAAGACUGUUCAUCUUACGUUAGACGUACGAGUACACUACUGGCUUCAAUUUUGGUUGCAAGUGUGAAACUGAAAGCUGCUUGACAGCAGUCUGCAUCAGUUGGCUCUUUCCCACGCCACCGAACUGCUCAUUUGAGUGGACUCGCUGGAGACAGACAAGCUGAAGCUUAACCGUGCGUGUCCUCACGUCCAACGCUGAUUCUUUUGUCAUCGGACCGCCGGUGAUAUGACUGAAGUGAUGAUUAACAGCACCCCCAUGGACGACAUGAGGCUCAGUCCCUCCAAGGACAGACUUUCCUUCCAGAUCUUCCCUGACCCGUCGGACUUUGAGCGCUGCUGUAAGCUCAAAGACCGGCUGCCCUCCAUCGUGGUGGAGCCCACGGACGGCGAGGUGGAGAGCGGCGAGCUGCGCUGGCCUCCCGAGGAGUUCCUGGUCAACGAAGAAGACGACGAUGACGAAGAGGAGGCCAACCGCGGAGUCAUCCAAAACGGACAGGUGACCGCCAACUGCCAGCGCUAGGAGCCACGUUGCAACUUCCGAUGUCACCCGCUCCCCGCCCCCCCCCGGUUCACGCACUGGUCACGCUGCACCUUAAACCUUUCCAGCUGACACCACCCGAAAGAAAAGCAAUACACCCUUCUGUCCCAUCGCUAAGACGGUUGGACCCACUUCACACACGUGACAAAAGACUUUGCGGUGAGACUGCCCUCGGCUUGGGGCCCACCAAAAAAAAAAAAAAAAAAAUGGUUCCUGCCGCCCCCAAAAGCAGAACUUGUCCCUAACCCUACAGCUGUGUGUUCACUUUCUGGAUUGCUGUUAAGUGUUUUGUCUUUGCGCGAGAAGGUUUUGCUGUUUUUGUUUAUUGUCGUGGGUGUCAAAUGUGGUGGAUUUAUUUUUUUUCUGAUUUUGUUUUGAAAUUUGACAUCUAAGUGCUAGAUGUUGGACAACGAUUCUUGUAAUCUCACUAGAAGAACUAGUACCAUCCAGAUAACUAGUGCACAGGUUUUCCCCAAUACUAAUAGGUGUCCUACUAGUGAGGAGGAAGUGUACUAGGACCUUAACAGCUGUUUGACCACUUAUUCAACACCCUGGAUAUCCAGAUCAAGGACCAUAUGCUUAACAUCUUUGACCAUCGCACUAGUAGAUCUUUUUGAUGUAAUUUUUUUUUUUUUUCCCACUGCCUUCUACUAUUCUGACAUUUCUGCACACGAGUGACGGCUUUGGCAUACUAGUAGGAUAUGUUACUAAUGAUGUACUACUAGUGGGAGGGACAGAUGCCUACUAGGGUCCAAAGACUACGAAUUUGGCUGAGUAGUUGUACUAGUGAGUGAAUCAGUUUAUUUAGGUUUUUGUACUUGUAUAACUAGUAGUAGGGGGAAAAAAUUACAAGUAAGGUGGCCUUUCUGCAAGUGUGGUGAUUUUUCUUACUAGCGAGGAGAAGCAGCAUACUAGCGAAUGGAUAUCGAGAAUAUUUACUAAAUGCGGAAAUUAAUUUUAAGGGUCAGUGUACUAGAGCGAAACCUGUACACUUGUUGACAACUUCUGUAUGUGCUAGAAGGACUUUUCCCCUUGACUGUGGCGGUUUUGAAGCAAGUGAGCGAAGGAAAGGAGGGAAACGUGCUAGCGGGAUGCUAUUUGCCCGCCAAGAGAAGCCUUACGACGCGACCGCAUGCAAAUUACGAUUUUUUUUCUUUUUUUUUUUUUUUAUUUUGUGGUUUUCCUCCGCGAUGAGCUAAUGACAGACUAUACAGUAAAAUAAUGGAUCCCGUCGCAAGUGAAGCUUUGUAUUCUUCCAACUCGUUUUCUUCCGAAGCAGCCGUACUUUUAUAUAUAUUUUUUUUUCCGUCACCAAGUAGCUUUCAUAUGUAGACCAUUUAACACAAAUGUCAAAAAAGUAGCAUUUCUGUCAACUUGUUCUUCUGGAUUGUAAUUCGUGUGGCAUUAGGGCUGUGCACGGGAUGUUUUUUUUUUUUUUUUUUUUAAACUCCUUACCCCUUCCCUCUGUCUAUAACUAUUGUUUUGUUUUUGUUGUCAAGCUCAGGGAGAAUAGCUGCCAUCUUUUUGUUUGUCAUUGUAUUUACACUCCCCCCCCCCCCCCCUUUCUUUGACUGUUACAAAAGCUGUAAAUAAAGUUGAAUUUGUUAAC